UCUGGGUCGCCCUCUCUCCCCUCUGUCUCUCAUCCCGCCGACUCCGGCUGCCGCUCUGCUCCCUCUCCUUGUCGAGAACAUGUCCGCUAGCAACGUCGAUUCCCCAUCUGUACCUUCGUCCGAUGGACAGGCCCAGCCCGUCCCUUCCCUCGAUGCCGAUGCCGUCUCUCGUGGCCUGCCCCAAGAGCCAGCCAAAGAAACUCCUCGGGAGGUCGCUGAUGCCCAGGAAGCCUCGCGCGAACCUGCCUCCGAAGACCAUGCGGAUGGCAAAGGUGUGAUCGCUAGCGUCUUCCAGAUCGUCUCGGAUGCCCAAACAGCUGUCAGCCAGACCUUCAAGGACGCCAUGCCCGCGUUCUCCCCCGAGAUCAAGGAGGAGGGCGAUGCUACCGAUGCCGCCGGCAAAUCCAACGCCGAGCACACCGUCGAGGUCCUCACCACCCAGGAUGUCAUUCUUGGGGCCUUCACGGGCUCGGUCGGAAACAAACCUGUCACAAUCAUGGUUGCCGAGGAGACGGUGGAGGUCACCGAGGAUGUCACCGAGCAUGUCGACGAUUUUAUGAAGCGUCCCGGCAUGACCAUCCACCAAGCCCAGGAGGCUCUCGAGCUCGCCGUUCUCGGAAAGAUCUCUCACAAGACAUCCGAAACAGGCAACUGGGACAUGCCUCUGUGCGAUUGCUUCCUGGCCCAUGUCAAGUGUCUUGGCUCGUACAUCUUCCCCUGCUACAUCGACGAGAAGCACCGCAAGCUUCGCGGCUGGGAAACGAUCAGCUGCGCCGGCACAUCGAUUUGGUUCUACUGCUGCCAGGCACCUUGCUUGGCUAUCAAGCUCCGGUCCCAGAUGAGAAAGCUCUUCGGCAUCAAGGGCCACCCCUUCACCGACUGUCUGACGCAUACCUUCUGCUGCUGCUGUGCCCUUGCCCAAGAGCGUCGUCAGCUCGAGGUCAUGGGCCUGCUCACCACGAACGUCGGCCUCCAGAACGUGGACAAUGUCGUCCACGCCGUCUCGGCAAUUUCCGAGACUGUCGUCGCCAUUCCCGAGGAGGUCAUGGAACUGGGCGGCGCCAAGAAACAAAACUGAAGGUCAAUGAUGCCUCGACGCUACAGAAAGUCGUUCCGUCGCCUUCAAUGAUUUUUUCACCUUUUUUUGGAUUUGGAUUUGGAUUUGGAUUUGGAUUUGGAUUUGG